AUGAAAAAUAAAACCACUGAGCUUUCGGAAAGUGAUGCUACAAAAGCAGCAGAAAAGACUGACGAAAAUCUGGAAAGUGUUUCGUUUGCUUCUCUAGGAGUUUGUAAAGAGCUUUGUAUUGCGUGUGAUUCCUUGGGCUGGAAGAACCCAACAGAAAUACAGAAAAAGGUUAUUCCAAUAGCUCUUGAAGGUAGAGAUAUAAUUGGGCUUGCAGAGACAGGGUCUGGUAAAACAGGAGCAUUUAUCAUUCCAAUAUUACAAAGAUUACUUGAUGAUCAAGUUCCAAUGUAUGCAGUUGUAUUAGCUCCAACAAGAGAACUGUGCGUUCAGAUUUCUGAACAAUUUUCUGCAUUUGGCUCCUUGAUAUCCUUAAAAAUUGCAACAUUAGUCGGAGGGCUUGAUAUGGUGACUCAAUCUCUUUCAUUAGCAAAAAAACCUCAUAUUAUUGUCGCAUCUCCUGGAAGAUUAGUUGACCAUCUGGAAAACACUAAAGGCUUUAAUAUUGGGGGCAUAAAGUUCCUAGUUAUGGAUGAGGCUGACAGGUUAUUAUCAAUGGACUUUGAAAUUGCGUUGAAUAAAAUUGUCGAAUCAUCUCCAAGAAAUAGAACUACUUAUUUAUUUUCAGCAACGAUGACAACGAAAGUUGCCAAGCUCCAAAAGAUUUCAUUAUCAAAUCCAGUAAAAAUUUGUGUAAACACAAAAUAUGAUACCGCUGUCAAUUUAAUGCAAUAUUAUAUGUUUAUCCCUUUUAAAUAUAAAUGGAGCUAUUUUAUUGGAUUGCUCCAGAAUUUGGGUCAAUAUACAGGAAUAAUAUUUUGCAAUACAUGUAUUAAUUGUAGAAGAGGAGAUAUGCUUGCUAAAGAACUUGGAUUCAACAGCAUUAGUUUGCAUGGCAGAAUGUCACAGUCUCAACGUUUGUCAGCAUUGAAUCUUUUUAAAGGUAAACAAAAAAGAUUAUUAUUUACUACAGAAGUAGGAAGCAGAGGUUUAGACAUUCCACACGUAGAUUUCGUUAUUAACUUUGAUGUCCCAACAUCGAGCAAAGAUUAUGUACAUCGUGUUGGACGUACUGCAAGGGCAGGCAGAAGCGGUAGAGCUGUCUCUAUUGUUACCCAAUAUGAUGUUGAGACUUUCCAAAGGAUUGAGUUCGCAUUGAACAAGAAACUGGAUGAGUACACUUCUCUACAAAAAGAAGAAGUUAUGGCAAUUCAUGCAAAGGUAGUUGAUUCUCUAAGGACUGUAGAUGCAGAGCUCAAUGAAUCCAAUGAAAAAACAGCACUGGUUGGACAUAGAAAAUUGAAAAAUCGUAAUAAAAAGAAAUAA